AAAAGCUGAUGGGUUAAGGCACAAGUCUGUCACUGAAACUGUGAGCAGAAAGGCAGCCACUGACUAUGAUGAAGCCGAUAUACCACUUUAGUAUUUCCUUAAUGCUCUGGGCAUUUGGAAGAAAUGAUGGAGGUGAAGCCUGUUCUAGAUUCCCUGAAGAGACCAAUGUAGCACUUACAGGCUAUGCUACACAGUCCUCAGAUUAUCCAGGGACCCCUGCUGGGCCUGCAAUAAAUGCAAUUGAUGGCAAAAGGAACAGUGAGUACUACACAGGAAAGUCUUGUACACACACAAAUUUUCAGUCCAGCCCCUGGUGGAGAGUUGAUUUGCAAACUUCUUAUCUGAUAUCAGCCAUCACUGUUACAGCAAGAGGUGACUGCUGUACAAGUCGACUUGAAGGAGCAGAAAUCCAUGUUGGUAACUCACUGAAAAAUAAUGGUAUAGACAAUCCACUCUGUGCGAAAAUCACUGGCAUAACAUCUGCUGCCCCACAAACCUUCUGCUGCAAUGGGAUGGAAGGCAGAUAUGUCACAAUAGUCAUUCCUGAUAAGUCUGAAUGGCUGACCCUCUGUGAAGUUGAGGUCUAUGCUGUGUCUAGUUGCAAGAAUGAAAUAAAAGGGACCAACAUAGCACUUAAGGGCUAUGCCACACAGUCCUCAGAUUAUAAGGUAGACCCUCCUGGGCCCCCACAAAAUGCAAUUGAUGGCAAGAAGAGCACUGACUACUAUACAGGAAAGUCUUGUACACACACAGAUUUGGAGUCCAGUCCUUGGUGGAGAGUUGAUUUGCUACAGUCUUACCAGAUCUCAGAGGUCAUUGUUACAGGAAGAGGUGACUGCUGUGCAAGUCGACUUGAGGGAGCAGAAAUUCGAGUUGGAAACUCACUGAAAAAUAAUGGGAUAAACAAUGCACUGUAAGUUUGUACAGGCUCCACAAAUUUCCAAAAAUCAAAAGUGUAUUUAUGUAUGCGUUUGUUU